AUGCAGUUGACACUCUCGGUCGCGGCCCUUCUGGGUGCAGCAGCAGCUCAGGAUCUCUCCUCAACUGUCAACACUCAAUGCUUCACUCGCUAUGCCCUUCAGAGCACUGCAGACAUCGAGACUGUCAAUCUCGCAACUACCACGACUCGCACUGCAACCGUAUCUGUCACUGAGACACCUCAGGAGACCAUGACGCCUGCCGAAGUGACCAGUUCUGUGACUACCACGCGUACUGUCUUCGAGACCACUGUCUUGCCCAUCCAUACCGACACGUAUACCACGUCGGUCACCUUGAGUACGACUCUGACCGACACUGAGACCGAGAAAUACACUCAGACUAUCACGGAAUCUUCGACCACGACAGUGCAGUCUACAACCACGGUCCCUGCUCCUGCUGGUUUCACAAACCUGGCUCAGAUGCAAGGUUAUGCUCAGAAACGCAAUGUAGUCGUUGAAAGGCGUGAAGCUUUGCAAUCCAGAGGUGAAAUCAAGGGCGUGCUUCCAAUCAUUCCAGAAGUCCAGAUCACCGAUGCAGCGCUUAUCGCCCGCGCGGCCAGCACGAGCUCCAAGAAGACCUCUUCGACCAGUUCAAAGAAGUCCGGCUCUUCUUCCAAGAAGACUAGUACUACAAGCUCCAAGACGGCUGCUGCUACUAGCAUCAAGGCCGUCACAUGCGUUGCUUCUGAUCCUGUUCUUGCCGCUAUCAAGAACAACUUCGGCAUGCCUCUUGCCUUCUGUCAGUGGUGGGUCGGAGCUUCGUACAAAUCGACCAGCCCCAUCUCUGGCAUUACCCCUGCCGACAUCACCAGAGUUUGUGCUUGUGUCAAGGCGACUCCGGCCCUCGUAGGCGGAACACAGACUAAGGCUAUGGCUUCGCCCACCGGCGUUAGCAAAGUUGCAUACCUGGAUGCUUUCAGAAAGCUCGUUGCUCAGCCUAUUCCCUUCUGCAACUUCUGGUCCAACUCUCCUACCAGAAGUGGCAGUCCCUUCGUACCGCUCGCUGCACCUGCGGUCUCUCAGGUCUGCAAGGCUAUCGCCGCUACGCCAACUCUCGUCAGCUCGGUCAAAUCGAUUUCUAGCAAGACGAGCACCUCGUCUAGCAAGUCAACCUCGAAAAGUAGCAGCUCCGCCAAAAUCACUAGCCAAUCCUCUAGCUCUAGUAAGCCUGUGAUCAGUUCAAGCAGCCAGCUCAGCUCUAGCAGCCAAGCAAGUUCCAGCAGCAAAGUCAGCACUAGCCAGCUUCCCACAGUUGGUCAGCAGUACCCGGUCGCUGUGUCUUGCACCCAGAGCACAACUAUCCUCACCACGCUCAGCACAACCUUCACGGCAGCCACUACCACCUCCACUGCACCUGUUCCCACGAAGAUGCUCACGUUCACCAAUACUCUCACCUCGACCAUCACUGUAAUUCCUGCGGACCAGACCAAGAUUAUCACUGUCUCCACUGACACAAUCACUGCUACCUCGACCUCGACCACCAGUACGACUGAAACUCAAACCGCUACCUUCACAGUCGCUGUCGCUUCGGCCACUUUCCUGGCUCAGUGCGCUCCCGCCAACAUUGUCGGCAGUGCCGUAGGUCAGAAAAUCGGCACCAUCAGCUUCAACAAGGCAUUCACUCUCCAGUCUCUCUACCUCCAGGACACCACUGGCUACGGUUGCUGCGCUCAAUGCGCCCUCACCGAAAAUUGUGCUGGAUACGCUCAGGCUCCUGCGUCCCAGGGUGGUGCUUGCUACUACCUCACCACUGAUGGCCGAUGCGAUGUCGAGCAGAGCUGGGGUGAUCGCUUCCACUACUACAACACCAACGGUGCUGGAUAUCAGGUCGGUAACGGACAGUGCGGUUUCCUGGGUCCUGCCGCCGGUGUCCCUGUCGUGUAA